CAUUCUCUCUACGUCAUCCAUUAUAUCGUGCGGAAGGAUAUUUUCCCUGCAAAGUACAGUUCCGGGAUGUGGAUCUACUUCUCAGGAUUGGAUUGGAUACACGCUAAGUGGGCGUAAGGAUACAGUGGAACUGCACUUCACUAGCAGGUGCAUAACGCAGGGAAAAACAAAAAUGGCAACAAUGUCACUGUAGCAUGUGGCGUUGAAUAGUUUUGAAACACCAAAGACGCGUCUGACACAAACUACCACCUUGUGAUUCCACCAAAGUAAUGUCAAGGGCGUGUACGAUCUUCUGUUCUUCUGAGGUGUCUGCGGUCUCUACGUCUACGAGUAUUUAACCUACAACCAACAACAUGUCAGGGACCUACACUCCUGCUCCUGGAGGGCCGUUCUCUGCCCUCACUCCAAGCAUGUGGCCUCAGGACAUUUUAGCCAAGUACCAUCAGAAAGGUUUGUCAGAACAUUGUGAGCUGCAGUAUGAUGAGUUUGGCUUCAGAAUGGACACUGAAGAUGGUGAGGGCUCCAGGUCCUGGCUAAAGACUGAAGGCUCACCUCAGCGUGAAGAUCCCCAGCAGCGACUGCGAUGGCAAGCACACCUGGAGUUCACACACAAUCACACAGUGGGUGACCUGACCUGGGAUCUGAUAGAUCCUGUCCUUCCACGCUCGGAUCGUCUACGGACUUUGGUGUUGGGGGGCGUCCCUCAUACCAUGAGGCCUCAGAUUUGGAUGAGGCUGUCUGGAGCACUGCAGAAGAAGAGGACGUCUGAGAUUUCCUACAGAGAAAUUAUUAAGAACAGCUCCAAUGAGGACUGUACUACAGCAAAACAGAUAGAGAAGGACCUCCUGCGGACCAUGCCCACCAAUGCAUGCUUCAAUACCAUGACCAGUGUCGGAGUACCAAGGCUGAGACGGGUACUGAGAGGACUGGCCUGGCUCUACCCAGACAUUGGGUACUGCCAGGGUACAGGGAUGGUGGUUUCAUGUCUGCUGCUUUUUCUGGAAGAGGAGGACGUACUGUGGAUGAUGUGUGCCCUGAUUGAGGAUCUCCUUCCUCCCGCCUACUUCUCCUCCACCCUGCUGGGCGUCCAAACUGACCAGAGGGUCUUGCGCCAACUCAUAGUUCAGUACCUGCCUGCCCUCGACCGCCUUCUGCAGGACCACGACAUAGAGCUGUCACUGAUCACACUCCACUGGUUCCUGACAUCAUUUGCCAGUGUGGUGGACAUCAGGCUGCUCCUCAGGAUCUGGGACCUUCUCUUCUACCAGGGCUCACUGGUGCUUUUUCAGAUCACACUGGGCAUGCUGAAGAUCAAGGAAGAGGAGCUGGUUUCAUCGGAGAACUCCGCUUCAAUUUUCAACACCUUGUCAGACUUACCCAGUCAGCUGAGAGAUGGCAACGCCGUGCUUGGAGAAGCCAUGCGGCUCGCAAAUUCCCUGUCUCAGGAAAGUCUGGAGGCCUUCCGACACAAGCACCAAGCCUACAUACUGAAUGAACAGGCCCAGCUGAACAAUGGGAACAACGUGGCCCUGAACACUAACCUCAACAAGGUUGUGAGAAGACAGUCCCUGCGCAGGAAGUCCACACUGAGUUCUCUGCUGUUUGGAGAGGAUGAAGCCGAAGCCCUAAAAUCUAAAAACAUCAAGCAGACGGAGCUGGUGGCUGCUCUGCGAGAGGCCAUCACACACACCGCAGAGCAUUUCCACUGUUUUGACCCACGUCAUUCCAGUACUGAUCUGACUCCAGACUACUCCAUGGAGAGCCACCAACGUGAUCACGAAAACUUCCUCGUUGUGUCACGCACCCGUCGAAGACGAGCGAAGGCUUUGUUGGACUUUGAGAGACACGAUGACGAUGAACUGGGUUUCAGAAAGAAUGACAUCAUCACUAUCAUCUCACAGAGGGACGAACACUGCUGGGUUGGAGAACUCAAUGGUCUCAGAGGCUGGUUUCCUGCAAAGUUUGUGGAGGUUCUUGAUGAAAGAAGCAAAGAAUACUCAUUGGCAGGUGAUGACUCCGUCACAGAGGCAGUCACAGACCUGGUCAGAGGAACACUGUGCCCGGCCUUAAAAGCCAUUUUUCUGCAUGGUCUGAAGAAGCCUUCAAUACUCGGCGGGCCCUGUCAUCCUUGGCUUUUCAUAGAAGAGGCAGCCAGCAGAGAAGUGGAAAGAGACUUCAACUCUGUUUACUCAAGACUGGUGCUCUGUAAAACCUACAGAUUAGAUGAAGAUGGGAAAGUACUGACACCAGAGGAGCUGCUGUACAGAGCAGUGCAGUCAGUCAACAUGAGCCAUGACUCAGCACACGCUCAGAUGGACGUCAAGUUCAGGUCCCUCAUCUGUGUCGGUCUUAAUGAGCAGGUGUUACAUUUGUGGUUGGAGGUGUUGUGUUCCAGCAUGACUGCCGUAGAAAAGUGGUAUCACCCGUGGUCGUUUCUCCGCAGUCCUGGAUGGGUGCAGAUAAAGUGUGAGCUUAGGGUCCUGUCAAAGUUUGCCUUCAGUCUCUCCCAGGAUUGUGAGCUACCCAACAAGAAGGAGGAGAAGGAGCAGAAACCGUUAAAGGAAGGUGUUCAGGACAUGUUGGUGAAACACCACCUCUUCAGCUGGGACAUCGAUGGAUAGUCUACACAGCUGAGCUGUCCCUACGUCUGUGUAAUAUUUUCUGUCUCUUUACCCGUUUCUGAAAGACUGUCGGUCCUAAAUGUGACGUGAGUACUCCUCACACACGUUACAUCUACACACAUAGAUGACAGCCUUAGAAUGAAGACUGAAAGUACUUAUUUAAAAUGUUUUUCUUUAGUUUAUCGUAUUGCAUUCUAAGUUUUAUUUAGACAAAGUCAAAAUUGUUUUUAUUUAUGUUUCAGACUUUAUAAUACGUUUAUUAUUAGUUAAGUACAAAUCUGUCUGUACCUAAACAGAUUUGAAGUUAAAAAAACAACAAAAAAACAGGUGAGUGUGUUUCCCAGAGGAGUGCCAUGUACAGUUUAUUCUUUUAUCGGUCAAGUGUGUGUGUGUGUAUACCAAGCGCAUAAACAGCUGAUCAUAAAGGUUAUUCUGUGUAAUAUUACACAUUUGCAAUGAUGGAGACCACCUUAAGAGACAUUCCUAAAUGUAGGGCCAUAGACUAGUGCCAUUGUUUGUUUUUUUUUAGAAUGCUACUUACCUCAGUGUCACCAUAAACCAGAACACUUCCUAAUGUUGCACACACAGAAGCCUUUCUUUCGUGGUGCAAGUCUGAGGGUGUGUGUAUAUGUGUGUACUACCAUCAACGUGUGGUAGUGUGCAGUAUUGGACCUGUAUGAUACAUUGUAAAUGAAGGAAAUACUUUGUGUUACAAAAUCUACAGUAAAAUAAAUGUUACAUACGUGUAUGUGUGUAUAAGCAGACAAGUCCGUAUGUAAAUUUGUGACCUUGUUGCAAAAUAACAACUCAUUUAACAGGUGGUUUUUAUAAUGGUUUAGAAACAGACGAAGUGUUUUUUUGGUACACUCUGCAGGGCUAGCAUGUAAUAAAUAAAACAAUAUUUGAUUCUUUCUGCAUAGAUAAAACAGCCAGCUUAACAGAAAGUGAGAAGAGCUUUAACACCAAUAGUGCAUUUCAAUUAAACCCUGCUAACCAAAUAGUAGUAAUUGCAUGUUUCGGUAACAAAUAACACAUACUUACAGGUUGCACUGUUAAAGUUCCUUAAGAUCUGUUUAUUGUCGGUCAGGUUCUAUAGCAGCCAAAGUUGUCACAACAUGUAAUGCAACCAGCAGGGGGUAG